CGCCAGAGGCAGCGGGCAGGAGUGCGAGGGAGCGUCACACGGGCAGGCAGGACAUGCAGGUGGCAGUGUGACGCUUGUGACGCCGCGAGGACCUGCCGGGAGAAGGUCACCUGUGAGCCGGGGCACCUGUACGUGUGUCGCCACCGCUGUCACCGCCGCGGCCCCAGCCCGGCGGCGGGCGGGGUGACAGCCGCACCCUGGACCGGGCGGGUGCUGCCCGCCCCCCUGUCCCCAUCCCUGCCUCCGCCGAGGCCACUCGGGCUCCGUGGCCCCACCGGACACCCCCAUGCAGCAGGAGCCGGGGGGACAGAGCCCAGGAACCCCCGAAACCGAGGUCAAGGCUGUCGUCGUGGGGGAUGGCGGCUGCGGGAAGACGUCACUGCUGCUGGCCUUUGCCAGGGGGGACUUCCCCAAGGUCUAUGUCCCCACCGUGUUCGAGAAGUACACAGCGUCUCUCCAGGUUGCCGGCAAGCCCGUGAAGAUCCACCUGUGGGACACUGCAGGACAGGAAGACUACGACAGGCUUCGCCCUCUGUCCUACUCAGAUGCCAACGUUGUCCUUAUAUGCUUUGAUGUCACCGACUCCAACAGCUUCGACAACAUCCUAACGAAGUGGUACCCAGAGGUGAACCACUUCUGCAAGGGGGUCCCGGUGCUGCUGGUGGGCUGCAAGACGGACCUGCGGCAGGACCAGGAGGUGCUGCAGAAGCUGAAGGACGGGCGGAUAGAGCCCGUCUCUCGCCAGCAGGGAGAGGCCAUGGCCCGGCAGGUCCGCGCCGUGUCCUACAUGGAGUGCUCGGCCAGGUACCAGGAUAACGUCGGGAACAUCUUUGAGACAGCCUGCAGUGCCGCCAUCAGUGCCGCCCGCCGGAGGCAGCGCAAGACGAGACCCAGGAGGGUCUGCUUGCUGCUCUGAGCCCCCCGGCUCGGCACAGCCCCCCGGGAUCUCCUGCCGUUCCCAGGCUCCGACCGCACCGCGGCUGCUGCCGCGGCUCUGCCUCCACCCCCAGAAUGCCGCUGCCGCCCUCCCGGCCCGCGGCUGGCGCUGCUGGUCACCGUGGGGGGACAGCAGGAAAGCAUUGUAGCAUGAAGAAACUGUCACUGGAUCCCAGAGUCCUGUGACUUUCCCAUAAGGAAUCCCAGCAUGCUGUCCCUGUCCCACCAGGAAUCCCAGCAUCCCAUCCUACCGUAUGUGCCAGCAUCCCCUGCCAGCCGGGCUCUGGGAGCAGAGAACUGAUUUGGGGGCUCCCCUUCCCGCUGGCAGGCCAGCGCCGGAGGGUGACACGGGGUGACUGCGGGGUCAUCUUCUGCCAUUAAAGUGACACAAAACUC